AUGGGGAAUGCUCGGGACUUUGAAAGAGUUUGGGUUUUGUUGUUGUUGUUGUUGUUGACUCUCUUCUUGCUCCUUCUGUUGCCCGGUGUACCCAUGCCCCCUGGCUUGCAAGCUUCUGGCCGAUUCCCCUGUCUUCAUCUCCCAUCUCUCUGUAUGACUCCAACCCAGGGAGGGCUCCUGGACCUGAACAAGAUGGUCAGACACAUGACUGGGAAGAUAGCCUUCUUCAACUACUGGCCCUAUGGCUGUCACUGUGGACUUGGUGGCAAAGGAGAACCCAAAGAUGCCACAGACUGGUGCUGUCAAAGACAUGAUUGCUGCUAUGCUCACCUCAAGACUGAUGGAUGCAGGAUCUUUACAGACACUUACAAAUACAGCAUUUCCCAGGGCAAUAUCCAGUGCUGUGAGUAUCAGGGUUUGAGGGCCAAGGCUGCAAAAGCGAAGUCCUAGCCCUCCCUGCCUCCAAAGACCCAGUGGUAUUACAUCAAACACUCACACCUGGUGCUGUUCCUCUCUCAUGGGCAAUUGGGGACGGGCAGGAAUGGGGUGGGGGUAUGGAAAGGACCAGGGGACACCUCACCCUUUUGGUAUCCAGAAAGAAGGCCCUCAUUGACUAGCUGUGUGUUUAACACUGUUUAACCUCUCUGGAAUUCAAUGUCCUCCUCGGAAAUCUGUCAAACCGAGCCAACAGGGAAACCUUCAGGGGAUGCUAGCCACCCCCAUUCUCAUGGGAGAACACACAGGUAUCCCCAAUAUGGCCUUCCCUUUUACCUCUGUUGGACCUCGUAACAGCUCACCUUAAGGUUAAUGGAACUGUGGACGCUAACACAGAUGUUCACCUUGUGGGGACACCCGUUGGCUACCUCGGCUUUGGGAAGGAGCAGUGAUCUGAGCUGGGAUGACCCCUUGACACUGCCUGGUCCUCUUGCAGGCCUGCGUCUCCCAUGCUUCUGCUUGGUGCUGUUUCUUUGGCCGUUCUGUGGUCCUCCACCACCUGCCUUCCCACCUGUCCAUUUGGUUUGGCUUUCCCCCUCCAGGACCAGCCUCUCAGUAGCUGCUCAAUGACAGUGUAGUGAAUGGAUGUGAUGAUAGGUAAAGGAGCGAGAUGGAGGACAUGCACACUGUCCAAUCAGAGAGGCCGUUUGGGGGUGUGGGGGGGUGUCACCAAAGAUGAGCAGGAACUCUGUGUUGCUUUCAGGACCCCCUCGACACCCCGCAGGCAGUCUCAGGAAGGGACAGAUACUGAGCCAUUCCCUGUUUCUCUCACCCACAGCUGACAGAGGGAGCUGGUGUGAGAAGGAGUUGUGUGCUUGUGACAAGGAGGUGGCCUUGUGCCUGAAGCAAAAUCUGAACAGCUACAACAAGCGCCUGCGUUACUACUGGCGGCCCCGCUGCAAGGGCAAGAGUCCUACAUGCUAGGAGAGCCCACUGUCCGUCUCCUGGAUUCCAUCCUGUUCCAGGGCAUCUGGAGGACUGAAGUCCCCCAGGAUUGCUGCCCGACGCCCCAGAGUCUAGUCUCCUGGACCAGCUGGCUUUUCAAGCCCUCCUUGCAAAAGGGCUGGCCUUGAGGACUGGGGAAGCUACGAUCUUGUUGCUCCAUGUGCUGGGGCCUGGCCUGCUGUUUCUUGUCUAUUUGUACUAUCUCUGGAACCUCCUGCUGCAAUGUAGGCUGGGGGACUCCUCCUCUGGAAGCCUCUCUGGGUUGGCCCUUCUCUCCAGUUCUAAGGGCUUCUUUGUGCUGGAUGUCUGGUGGCAUAACUCCCCACGUGUCACCUGAGGCCAGAGUGGUGAGAUGUCCCAGGGGCUCAUCUCUUCCCAGGACCGAUGUCCUCCCCUGGUUCCCUGCAAAGUUUCUCCAAAGAGCCCUCUCAAUAAACCACUGGCACAAGAACCUCUGACUCCUAUCCCACCUCUAGGGAGACACAUGGCAGGCAGGUAACAGGAGAGUCCACUGUCUUCAUGUUCUUCCUGCCUCCCAGAACCAUGGACCUAAUUACAAAAUGCAGAGCCGAUGCUAUAGCCCAGGAAAGUGUGUGUUCAUCAGUGGCAGAGUCAGGAGACGGCAUCUGUGGAAGAUCAGCCUCCCGUCUGAACAAGGAUGAGGGUCCUUUUAAAAGGGAGAGAGCAGCUAGGUUUGAGGGGUGCCUCCACUGGGUAGGUAGCCUUUUUGGCUCAAACCGAUUCAGCCUGCCUCUGUCCCUACUGCUACUGAGAUUGCAGAACUUGGCAAAAGGGAUCAUCUGGCGGGGUCUGAGCUGGUAUUUGACUGGUAACAGUGGUUUCAGAGAACAUCUGUCAUGCUUGUGUGAUUAGCUGUGUUUCCAGCCACGGGGCUCAGGGCACCUAGAGCCACCCACACCCUCCAGCCUGUGACACACGGCAACACAUGACAGAGCAGUCUUCCCAAAACCCCAGUGAGGCAGAGUACAAAGAAUUCCCAGCUACAGGCUCUGGGUUCAAGUUCCCACCAUCAAAAUACCCACUCUAAUGGAGGACCGUGAGAGUAGGAAGCUGUGUGUGCUGGGGACAGGGCCUACAGUGCACUAAAAACUGCCACUUUAUUUAUUUAUUAAAGUCUAGUAAAAAAAAAUUCAGGCUUGACAUGAUAGUA